CACACGCUAGGACAGGGAGCUACUCCUGAGCACUCUUCAAACACUCACCUGAAAACUGCAUCUUUUUUUUUUUUUACAAGGGUUUAGGAAAUUCAACAUAAAGACUGCUAGCAUGAACCCCAUCUUUGUUUAUGCCUUGUGUCAUGCCGUUGUGUGUCUGGUUAGCUGUACCCAGAUCCACCAAGAGGGUUAUUGCACCUUCUACGAUGAGUGUGGCAAAAACCCCACUGUCUCUGGCAGCCUGAUACCUGCAAUCAUCCCCUGCAUUUACAAUGGACCAGCCAAGCCAUUGGCGGGCCUCCAUCUACAAAAGCUACAGGAAGUCUGUCCCAUGUUAUACAAGGGGGGUGCCACCCAAGCGUGCUGCUCUUUAGAGCAGCUUAACACUCUCCAAAAAAGUCUAUUACUCUCCAAGCCCAUCCUGAGCCGCUGUCCGUCGUGUGUCGAGAACUUUGUAAAUAUCUACUGCCAAAACACCUGCAACCCUAACCAGAGCCUCCACAUUAACAUCACCCGGACCUACAAUGUCACCAUAAAUGGUGUCAUCAAAGAGGCCGUCACUGAGUACCAGGCCUAUCUCUCACGCGAAUUCGCAGACCGCUCCUUCGACUCCUGCAAGAACGUGCGCAUCCCAGCCACAGGAGGCUUCGCCAUCUCAACCAUGUGUGGCAAAUAUGGCUCCACUCUCUGUAACACCCAGCGCUGGUUGGACUUCCAAGGGAACAGUGGCAAUGGCUUAGCCCCGCUGGACAUCGACUUCCGACUGAUAGACAACAAUACCCAAGUGGGCCAGGGCAUUGUGCCCUUAAGCACCCGAGUGUGGAGCUGCAAUGAGUCCACCUCCCCAGAACAAGAGGCCUGUUCAUGUCUGGACUGUGUAGCGUCUUGCCCCAUAAUCCCCCCACCUGUUCCUGAUUCAGGGCCCUUUAAAAUCGGGCAGCUGGAUGGGGUGCUUGUAGUCUGCCUGGUUGUUUUCUGCGGACUCUCAGUCUCCUUCGUGGGCUUUCUGCUUGUGUCAAACCUCUACAGGGGGUUGAAAUCUCAGAACAAGGAUAAGAAUGACAAUGAGGUUAAAAAAGAGGUUCACCUUCACGAGGUCACCUGCACUGAUAAAGCCAGCUUAGCUACUCAGGAUUUCCUGGGCUCGCUCUUCCAGAAAUGGGGGACAAUGGUGGCCUCCCACCCCAUCAAGGUAAUUCUGAUCUCCCUGAUUGCUGUUCUGGUUUUAUCUUUUGGACUGGUUUUCAUCAAGCUGACGACUGACCCUGUAGAGCUGUGGUCAUCUCCUAACAGCCGUGCAAUGAAGGAAAAAGCUUUCCACGACGCCAACUUUGACCAUUUUUUCAGGACCAAUCAGAUCAUCCUAACCGCCCCCAACCACAAGGGAUAUGCCUACAACUCCCUUCUCUUCGGCAGGCAGAACUUCAGUGGGGUGCUCUCCAAGGAUCUCAUCUUGGAGCUCCUGGAGUUCCAGACCAGGCUGCAGGCCAUCCAGUUUUGGUCGGAUGAGGUAGGACGGACCAUCAGCCUCAAGGAUGUUUGUUACGCCCCCUUAAACCCCACAAACCCUAGCUUGACUGACUGUGCUGUCAACAGCCUGGUGCAGUACUUCCAGAACAGCCGUGAAAACUUGGAUGCCAAAAUAAACAUGACAGUGAAUGGGCAGACUGGAGAGGUGGACUGGCGGGAUCACUUCCUCUACUGCAUCAACUCUCCACUCUCCUUUAAGGACAUUACUGACCUGGGCCUGAGCUGCAUGGCAGACUAUGGGGCUCCAGUCUUUCCUUUCCUGGCUGUGGGAGGCUACAAAAAUGAGGAUUACGCGGAAGCAGAGGCCCUCAUCCUGACUUUCUCCCUGAACAACUUCCAGCGGGACACACUUGGGUUUGAGCUGGCUCUGCGCUGGGAGCAGAAGUUCUUAGAUUUGGUGCAGGAGUACCAGAGGAACCCCUCCACCAACUUCACCUUUACCUACAUGGCAGAGAGAUCACUGGAAGAUGAAAUCAACCGUACUACAAUGGAGGAUAUCCCCAUCUUCAUGAUCAGCUAUGCAGUGAUCUUCAUCUACAUUGCCCUGGCACUCGGAGAGUACUCUUCUUUCAAAAGUGUACUGGUCAACUCGAAGAUCGUGGUGGGUCUGGGGGGGAUCCUGGUGGUGGGCUGUGCAGUCCUCUCCUCCAUGGGGUUCUACGCCUGGAUCGGGAUCCCCUCGUCGCUCAUCAUCCUUCAGGUCGUGCCGUUCCUAGUCCUGGCUGUUGGAGCUGACAACAUCUUCAUCUUCGUUCUGGAGUACCAGAGAAGCAAGCGAAAGCCGGGAGAGCGGAGGGAGGAGCAGAUAGGGAGAGUCCUGGGCAACGUGGCUCCCAGCAUGCUCCUCUGCAGCAUGUCCGAGUCCAUCUGCUUCUUCUUAGGAGCCCUCAGUACUAUGCCAGCAGUGAGGUCGUUCGCGUUGUACGCAGCCCUCGCCGUUUUCUUGGACUUCCUGCUCCAGAUGUCUGCGUUCGUGGCACUCCUGUCUCUAGACGCCCGGCGUCAGGACAGCUCCCGCUGUGAUGUGCUCUGCUGUGUGUCGGUGAAGAACGCCACGAGGAAGAAGAAGAGCGACGGCUUCCUGCUUCCUCUCAUGAGAGAUUACUACGCUCCCUUCCUCUUGCACAGCACCACCAGGAUCAUAGUGAUGCUGCUGUUCUUGUUCAUGUUCUGUGCCUGCUUCUUCCUGAUGUUCCAUGUGAGAGUGGGUCUGGAUCAGGACCUGUCAGUGCCGACGGACUCCUACAUGCUGGAUUACUUCAAGUACCUGUACAAGUAUUUCGAGGUGGGCAUUCCCACCUACUUUGUGACCACGCGAGGGUACAACUUCUCCAGCAUUGAGGGGAUGAAUGGGGUCUGCUCCAGUGUGGGCUGUAACAACAACUCCAUGACGCAGAAAAUCCAGUAUGCCACAACAUUCCCCAAAGAAUCCUUUCUGGCAAUCCCAGCCUCCUCUUGGGUCGAUGACUUUAUCGACUGGCUGAACCCGAUUUCCAAGUGCUGUCGUUUACACUCCUUUGGUCCCCAGCAGGGGAAAUUCUGUCCGUCAACAAGCACCUCUGUCUGCUUGAAAAAGUGUAUGCAACUGGGUGCUGGCACAGUGAGACCCACUGUUGAGCAGUUCAACCAGUACCUCCCCAACUUCCUCAGCGACCUGCCUAACCUACAGUGCUCCAAAGGGGGCCUGGGAGCCUAUGACAAAGCUGUUGUUAGAGGAGCGGAUGGAGAAAUAAUAGCCUCGCGGUUCAUGGCCUACCACACCCCCCUCACCAAUUCACAGGCGUUCACGGAGGCCCUGAGGAGAGCCAGGGAGCUUGCUGACAACAUCACCAGGAGCAUGAGGCAGAUCCCCGGCACAGACCCCGACUUCCAGGUCUUCCCUUACACGAUCACGUACGUGUAUUUUGAGCAGUACCUGACGAUCGUGUCGGAGGGGCUCUUCAUCCUGUCGCUGUGUCUACUCCCCACCUUUGUGGUGUGCAGUAUCCUGCUGGGCAUGGAUGUGCGCUCCGGUCUGCUCAACCUCAUCACCAUCAUCAUGAUCACUGUGGAUACCGUCGGGGUCAUGACCCUGUGGAGCAUUGACUACAAUGCCGUGUCGCUUAUCAACCUGGUCACGGCCGUUGGCAUUUCUGUGGAGUUUGUCUCUCACCUGACCCGCUCCUUUGCCAUCAGCACCCAGCCCAACCACUUGGAGAGAGCCAAGGAGGCCACUGCUAACAUGGGCAGCGCUGUGUUUGCGGGCGUUGCGAUGACGAACCUCCCUGGUAUCAUAGUCCUGGCAUUCGCCAAGGCGCAGCUCAUCCAGAUUUUCUUCUUCCGGCUCAACCUGGUGAUCACAUUGCUGGGGAUGCUGCAUGGCCUGGUCUUCCUGCCCGUGCUUCUGAGCUACUUCGGCCCAGAAGUUAACAAAGCCCUGCUAUUGGAGCUCCAGCGCCAGGAGAGCCGGAGCAAUAAGGAAAUUGAGACAAUCAGUGGCAACAACUGCUAUUCAAACCAUGCUUUCGAGGACCACUAGAAAGACUCCCAGUCCAACUGGCAUAUCAACAGCUAGCUUAAUUCACACAGAUACAAGAGAACGCUAAGCAACAAGCAAACUCACUUAAGCCCGGAGACCUCAAAGAGCCAAGGUUGUCUGAUGGAUUACAACACUCUACCACAGCCAUUCGGGUCCAAACUCAACCCACCCCGUUUGUUCUGCGCACUCCAGCCAUUUAAGGUUAGCUAGGAGGUCAUGUGUUGUUCAUCAUUUCUGUGUACUGUUUACCCAAAGUUUUAUUUAAUAUAUACUAGACACUUGCAAUAAAAAGUUGUUACUAAUUUUAUACUGAAACUGGUGCAAUUAGCCAGAUUACUGUUUUUUAAUAUUGUUAUUAAAAUUAGACUUUUUAUGUCAUCAUAAAGUUUACUUUGGACGUUACAAGAUCCCUCAUUUUAUGGAGCUGUGACACUGGGGCUUUUGAAUUGCAUUGGCCUGACUUGAGAGUUGAAAAGUUAUAGUGCAGUCACAUGGAUUCUUGUAAACCACAGAUAAAGGACCAACCAGACAAAGGUCUUCUCCAAGCUUAAAAAAAAUGAAAAUAACUCCCAGCUACAAUUUUUAAGCUUCAAAGUAUUUUUGAAUGUUCUGAAUAACACUGCAGUAACAGUUAUUAAAAUGUUUUCCAUUACAAUGCAACAACAUAUUUAUAGGGCUGUGCAAAUACAUUGAAAAUCUGAGUUUUAAGUUAAGGUAUUAAUGAAAUGGAAUAAAACCAUAUUAAUUACACAACACAAAACCAAAGCAUCCCUGGUUUGCGCUUGUCUGAGUCGAGAACAAUCUGAUAGGGAUUUACUAUAGAACCUGAUGAGAUUAAUCUAAAACCACGGCUUUUACCUGUGAUUCCUUCUAUUACCAUUCUUUUAUCCGUUUGAUAUCAAGUCAUUUUGAUUUCACUUGCUGAUUUGCUCAUUUCCAUAGAAAUGAUUCACCCCUGCAGUGAACUGUAGAAUUGUAGUCCUCGGCCCCAUCUGAAGGAGAAUGAGCUUCCAAAGGGCUUCCAAAUCACACAAUACUGAAGUGCACUGCAGUGAUCAGGAGUAAGUUGUACAGAUGAAGGCAAAUGAGAGAAAGGCAGCUUUUCUAGUUGUGAAAGGCUUGUUUGGGCUUCCUGUAAUGUCUGCUGACAAAAAACCUGUGAAAGGGCCUUGCUGAGUAUUUAACAUGCUGGCGGUGGGAUUACUAUUGUAUCUACACUGUAGCACUGGAUCUUCUGCACAUAUAUCUAACCACGGGGUGCUGGGAAUCUGUACUUCAAAUUCUGAGCAAUUUCAGAUUUUUAUUUUGUAAAUCUUUAUCAAAAGAGCCGACAUGUACAGUUUGAAUGGGUUGUAAUUGUCUCUCCGUAAGUAUUUUACAAAAAUGUCAGUAUUUUAAAAUAUACAGUAUGAGCUGUUAUAAAAAAAAAAAUGUAAUUACAUGUACUGGAUUAUUAAAAUGUCAUUUUGUAUUUAUAAA